AUGGGAGUAUCUUCAAGUGAAUCUACCCAUCCUGUCCCUCCUCGCAGCAAGCCCUCGUCGUCCAGGCGUCUCUCAAGCAUGCGACAGCUAGGCACUGUCGCCCCCAAGACCGCCGCACGCAAGCGCAAGGAGCGUUCCCCCGAGCAAGAUGUGCGCAUCCGCCUCGACAGUCCUGAGGAUGGCCACUGGGAAGGCGGAACCUGGGUCAAGCACGAGGUGGCAAACGACUCAGAUGAAGAUGUUCGCAUGUCCGGCGAAGAAGACAAGGACGACAUGUUGCCACCACCACGCCCAAGUAGCGGAAGCAGCAAGCGGCGCCGUACCGCAGACAUCCCGCGAGCUCACACCCUCUCUCCCAAGUCGGCUAUGGCAUUCUACGAGGUCGGUUCAGAGCGCAUGGAGGAAGACCCGCCACCAGGUCCUCCACUUGUUCACCAGUGGAAAGAGGAAAGCGAGGAAGAGUACGAGUGGGAAGACCUCGUCCAGCAAUCUCAGCAGCACCGUACCUUAACAUCCCAGAACUCACAAGGGCAGCUCUCCAGCUCUAACAACAUGGACGUGGACGACUCCUCACAGCCUCCUCAGACGAAGGAUCCACCCAGGUUUCUGAUUGGCAACCGGCUAUUGGAGCCACCACUCUAUCCUGUGUCUGAUGACUCGGAUUCAAACUCCGAAUCUGAUUCUGGCAGCGAGGGUGAAGCGAGCGAACCUCUUAGGCUGAGCCGACAGAGCAGGUUCUUGAAGGAGAAGACAUACUCCAAGCGCUUGGGGUAUACUUAUCGUCAAGCAAUUACCGAAAGCGAACGGAUGAGGCGCUACAGCACCCCUCCUGAGCCCGAUACCCGCACUCCUGAAGUUUCGCCUCAAGCCUUUGACUACCUCGAUGUACUGAGCUCUCAGCGAGAGCAAGAUCAUCUACAUCUCGCCGCUUACGCGAAUGAUGUCGAGUGCGAGGAGCAAGGAAAACACAAUAGUCAACCCUCCAGCCAGUUCAAUAUGAUCCCUAUGACCGACGCAUUCGACGCCAGUCGCCAUCAUGUUCGUCAUGAACUGUCCUUUGGCUCUACGGUCCACGACGAGGGGGUCAAUGGUUUGCACCCCCCCGCCGUCUUUGAACAAGACCACCCUCCGCGUCUACGGUUUAGUCGGAUAACGAUGCAGUCCCCCAGUCGAGGCGCUCAAAACAGACCAAAGAGCAUGUCGUCUCCUCGUGGAUCAACCGAAAACAGCAUCAAGGGCAUUCCCCAUCGCUUUCUCAAGCCCCUUCGCAGGAUCUCGGUGGUGGAUCUUCGGGAACAUUACAGCUUUAUUGAACUCGACCGCACUUUGCUCAAAUACACUCGCCGUGCGGCUCUCGAGACUGCAUCACCUAGUAAGCAGCACCCUCGCACACGAGCUGCGGAGACACACAUUGUCCCUUUGAGCAAUACUCCUUCCCAAUCGGGUUUGGCCUACGCCACUCAAUUCUGGCCAUCCAAGCCCUCCCGCUGUCGCAUUUCUCCUCAAACACAUGGUGACGGCCAACCCUAUCCCCGUCUCAGGUUCACUGUUGACCCUGCUGGGUCGUUGCCCAGACCGCCACCCUUGCAACGUCAGUCCGUGACUCCAUCCCAUCUUCAACCCCGUCGACUCUCCCAGUCGCUCGACAAUGGCCCCAGGCUACCGUUGUCUCAAAUCACUGUCGGCACGCUGGUGGAGCCGCCGCCUUGCGCACAAGAGUUUCAACCAUCUGUGUUUACAAUCACACAGACGCAGAGAACGGAGAACAGUCGCCGUGUCACUCAGCGUUCCGCAAGGCUGUCAUCCCCAUAUUGGUCCGAAGCGAGCUCCAUGGACACAGAAUCUCUCCUCAACUUCUGGCAACAGGUCGAGGAAGACACCCCCAAUUGUUUCGCCGAUCUUGAAGAGGAGUUUGUCACCAACGGUCCUACCGAAGCUCUCGUUGCCCAGGAGAACGCACCGGAGGUGCAAUCGGGCCACAAUCCCGCCCAGGUGCCUCCCACUCAAAUCCCCCAGACCCAGGCCAAGAAGCGUCCCGCCCUGGCGGACAUUACCCCGACUGCCGCCGCUCCUAAUCGCUAUCUCUCGGGUGUCGAGAUCACCGAUCACCUGCUUAGCCUGGCUGACCGGAUGACCGCCGAGUGUGUUGCCAAGAGCACCGCCCGUAAUGAUGCCAGAGGUCGAAGGAUGGCAAAGGUGCGCCAGAGAUCAGCCCCCCGUCGCAUUAGUGCUACCGAGCCUGAGCGCCCGAGUCGCGUCUGGAGUGCCCCUUCGUCUGCCGCCACUGCGUUCGCAAAGCCGUUGGGGACCCAACCGGCGGUCAAGCCCUACACAUCGCCUACGAAUCGCUCCAACCCCCUUGGCGUUCACAAGGUUGCGCCCGGAACGAACGGUCCUGCUGCAUCUAAGGGGGCCACAGUGCGUCCAACCAAGGCCACACCUGUGCGCGUCCUUUCCCGGCCAGCAGCCACUCAACCGGCCAAUGCAUCUCUCAAGCGUGACAGUUCCUUCUCUGGCGGAGUCUUCACUCAAUUCAAGCAACCCACCCGCCUCAAUACCACACCCCCGCCACCGCCAUCUACAGCCCAAACCAUCUCUGCUCGCAUCCGGUCGUCGUUCCCGUCCUUCGCCCAAGCGCUGCCGAAGCCCACCCACGUUGCGCCACCCAGACUGGGUUGGGUUAGGGAGGACCGCCGCUCCCAAAUGUAG